GCAACUCCCUCUCUCCCUCCACUCCUGCGCCACCACACGACACGACGCGCGCAACCUACCUCUCCCCCUCCUCUCCUCUCCUCUCCUCGCUUUGAUGGUGGUGGUGGUCAUGGAGGAGGCGGCGCCGGGCGGCGCGGGUGAUCCGGCCGGCGAGCUCAGCGCCGGCGGCGGGGGACGGCCGCCGGCGUCGUCCUCCUACGCGGCCGUCGUCAUCGGUGGAACGUUCGAUCGGCUGCACCAGGGACACCACCUCUUCUUGAAGGCAGCAGCGGAGUUCGCGAGGGACAGGAUCGUGAUCGGCGUAUGCGAUGGCCCUAUGCUCGCCAAGAAACAGUAUGCUUACCUGAUACAACCAAUCGAAAAGCGAAUGGAAAAUGUCAAGGAGUAUAUUAAGUCCAUCAAGCCUGACAUUGAAGUUCAUGUCGAACCAAUCUUGGACCCCUUUGGGCCAUCUAUUGUUGACGAAGCUCUAGGAGCAAUCAUCGUCAGUAAGGAGACGUUGCCUGGAGGCCAAGCUGUCAAUAGGAAGAGGGCAGAGAGAGGCCUCACCCAACUUGAGAUCGAAGUGGUGGAACUGGUGCCAGAGAAGUCCACAGGGAACAAGAUAAGCUCAACAGCAUUCAGGAAGAUGGAAGCUGAGAGGGAAUUGCAUAAGCAACAGCAGGAGACACAGCAAGCAGUUGAGCUGGAGUGCAGAAUAUAACCAAUACAUCAAAGGGAAUUUAAACAAAAUAUACACGAUAAAUUGCUAUGAAUUGUGCCAUAUACUUUUCAUUUACAAAGUCUGUUUUCCAUCUUUAGAUACAGAAGUAUAGCAUACAAAUGGUGCUGCCAAACUUGUAAACUGGAAACAAAUAGAGAACGAAAACCUGAUGACCAGGAAGACCAUUCGCCCUCCUUGUUCAAA